UCUGUAUUCUGACGUCGUAGUGUGGUCUCGUUGCUAGCAGUUUACGGCGUUGUGAGGGAUUCUCCAGGGUAGCAGCCUGAGGGCGUGGCGUGUGCAUUACGAGCAAUACGGGGCACGAGGAGCCAUGGUGGUUGAAUACAUUAAGGGGAUCGGCUCUGCUCGCUUCUGUAUUUUUGGGCGUCUUUUGUUCAGGUGGCGGGGCAGUGUGUACAAGUUGCUGUGGCGAGAUCUGCUGGUGUAUGCCGUGCUGUACACCUUGCUUUCUUGCUUCUAUCGCUUCUACCUUAAGGAUUCCCAGAAAAGGUUGUUUGAGGAGGUGGUGCAGCAGAGCAGCAAGUACCGUGACUUGGUGCCGGUGAGCUUCCUGCUGGGAGUGUACGUGAGCGCCGUGUUGGUUCGCUAUUGGGCCGCCUUCCUCUCCCUGCCUGACAACACCGGCGCCGCCAUGCUGCUCGCCACAUACAUCCCGAGAGACGACAACAGAGCCUUUGAGAUCCGGAGUCGCGUCGUGCGGUACAUCAACCUCACCUACGCGCUAAUCUUCUCACAGAUGUCCGCCGCCGUGCAGUCCACCUACCCCGACCUGCAGGCUCUCGUCAACAGGCACUUUCUGACUGCGCGGGAAAAGGACAUUUUGGAGGAAGCCGAGGAGCGCAGCGGUGUGAGCACCCAGUGGCUCCCUCUCGCCUGGUGCUGCCAACUGGUGCAAAGCGCGCGGGACGAAGGGUUCAUUGACACGGAAGCAGCUAAGGAAGCCCUGCUGAAAAAACUGCUCGAGAUACGCCGGCAGUGUGGUGCCCUGCUAGACUGGCAUCAAUACAAUGUGCCACUCGUGUACACUCAGGUGGUGACAAUUGCAGUGUACACCUACUUCCUGUUCUCCUUGUUGAGCGAGCAGUAUCUGGACGUGGCACUCCAGUACCCGCGCUACGAGGCGGACCUGGUGGUGCCCGCAUUCGCUCUGCUGGAGCUAGUGAUGUACCUGGGACUCCACAAGGUGGCAGAGACGCUCAUCAAUCCCUUCGGUGACGACGACAACUCCUUUGAUUUCCUUAGGUUCCUUGAGGAGGCUCGCUGCUCAGCCUUCGUUAUCUGCCACACACGCUAUGGCAAGAUCAGCCCUGAAGUCCCUUGGCGGCCUCGAGAGAGCACCCCUAUCGCCUUCGUGGAUCUGACGCCUUCCCUCGGGAACGCGAAGACCCUAGCGACUCCUUCCAGCACCUAAGUAGUGUGUGUGUGUGUGUGUGUGUGUGUGUUUUGCUCAUACAAGCAUUUGUUUACCGCUCGUCAUGAAUGAUGUGUGCAAAUAUUGGAACCUUCUUUAUUACUUCUUCUUGUUGCCUGGUGCUAUUGUAAUACAGAUAGGAAUGACCUCGCUCACUCACGUGACCACCCUUGUGCAGUUGCUGUCGUGUCACGUCUCAGUGGUCUGUUGUAAGAGGAUACAGGAUCGAAGUGUUCUUGGAAAUAAAGGGAUGAUAUUG